AUGGCAUUGGCUCUCCUGCUGGGUGCCUGGGCCUUUGCCGGCCUCGGUGCCGGUUCCGCCUGUCUCGAAAGGGCUCACGACAUCCCCGAGGGGUGGCAGAGGCUCAGCGAGGCGCCUGAUGCUCAUCAGCGGCUGCGCAUGUCCUUUGCCCUCCGCCAGCCCGAUACCCAGACCCUCUACGCGUCCCUCAACGGCAACACCCGCCUGUGCGUCAACCAGAUCCGCGCGCUGAGGACGCCGGCCAAGGACGAUGUCGACAGUGUCCUCCGGUGGCUGGCCAGCAGCGGAGUCAGCGACGCCCAGUCCGAGAAGGACUGGAUCCAUGUCCGCACCACGGUUGCCGAGGCCGAGAAGCUGCUCAACAUGAAGAUGCACCGCUACUCGUUCGAGGGCAAGCCCCCUAUUCUGCGCACGACCGAGUACUUCAUCCCCGACACCCUGUCCGGGACGAUCCGCUUCGCCCACCCCAUUGCCAACUUCAUGACGCCGACGCACGACGUUGCUGCGUCUCGCGAGCUGUCUGCCGACAAGUCCAUCCAACAGCGCGCCCUGCCUGCUUGCGAAGACAUCAUCACCCCCGGCUGCAUCACAAAGCAGUACAGCCUCAACUAUACCGCACCCAAGGGCAAGUCGCCCGUGCGCUUCGCCGUCGCCGGUUUCCUCGACCAGUUCGCCAACUACGCCGACACAGAUGACUUCCUCAGGCGCACGAACCCGGAGCUCGCAUACAAGGGCUACAACUUCUCCGUCGAGCUGAUCAAUGGCGGGCAGAACCCGCAGGACCGGGCAAGGGCCGGCUCCGAGGCCAACCUGGACAUCGAGUACGCCCUGGCCAUCGGAUAUCCAACCGAGGUGACCUACUACUCGACGGGAGGCCGAGGCGUCAAGCUCAACGAAUCGGGCCAGGCCAUUCCCGUGGAGUUCUCCGACAACGAGCCAUACCUCGAAAUGGUUGAGUAUAUGCUCGACAUGCCCGACGACGAGCUCCCCCACGUCCUCACCAUGUCAUAUGCCGACGACGAGCUCUCUGUUCCCCGGCCCUACGCCGAGCGUGUCUGCGCCCUGUUCGGCAUGCUGGCUGCCCGCGGCAUGUCCGUCAUCGUGGCCUCGGGUGACGGCGGCGCCCGGGGUGGUCGCAACGCCUCGUGCCGAACCAACGACGGAUACAACAGGGAGACGACCGUUGCCACGUUCCCCGGCUCCUGCCCGUGGGUGACGGCUGUCGGAGCUACGACCAACAGCGACAAUCCUCCCAAGGGAGCCUAUUUCAGCACCGGCGGCUUCUCGCAGUGGUUCAAGCGGGAGAGCUGGCAGGACGAGGCUGUCGACGGCUACAUCAAGGCGCUGCAAGGCCGCCUCGAGGGCUUCUACAACCCCAAGAUGCGCGCCAUCCCCGACAUCUCGGCCGUCGGCACCCAGUUCCUGACCGUCGUCAACGGCAAAGACGUGAUCCUCGACGGCACCAGCGCCAGCGCGCCCGUGCUUGCGGCCAUGAUUGCGCUGGCCAACGACGCGCGGCUGCGCCAGGGCAAGCCCUCCCUGGGCUGGUUGAACAAGAGGCUGUACUCGGCAGAGGUCCGCAGGGUCCUUUACGACACACAGGGCGGUGUCAGCAAGCCCUGCCCGUUCUCGGGAGGGAAAUCGGCUGGCUGGCCUGCCGCGAAAGGAUGGGACGCCAUCACGGGCCUAGGCACGCCGGGCAAGUUUGACGACUUUUUGCGCGUCCUGGUGGAGGGGUAUUGA